AUGGCUUGUAGUCUCUAUACGUUAAACUACACUGCAGAUGUUAAAUCAAAAGUCAACCAAUCCAGUACCGCUGAGAAAGUUCAGGAUGUUCUUCAAGGAACGGGUUGGAUGGAGAAUACUGUGUUAUUUUAUGGGGCCUAUCACAACAAGACGGCUUACCUGAUUACAGGAGAUGCGUUCACAUAUAACAUGUCCCUCGCUUACCUUUGUGCUGUUGGUCUCACCUUUAUGCUGAGCUUUAUACUGCUUGUAAAAAAUUCGGCUAAAGGAUUGAAGCAGAGUGCAGUAUCAUCAGUGGGUGGAAACAUCACCAUGUAUUGUAAUAAAGUGUUUGGAGCCUGGGAUUACUGUAUAUCUGAAUCCAAAACUGCUCAAUUAAAACAUUCCAACCUUCUCCAAGAUUUUAAGAAUGAUUUAGAGUACCAGAGGUUACAGUGGAAGAAAGCAAGUCGGACAGCAAAAGAAAAGUUCAAGUUAUAUUCAAUACGGGUCCUUAUUAACAUUCUGGUGAUAGCCAUGCUUGGAGGGGCCUUGUACCUUAUCUACUAUACCAAUGAACAACUUGUCACUAAUUCUCAGACAUUAAAUGAGACUGAGGCAUUAAUGAUGCAAUAUCUACCUUCGAUAACAAUCAUGCUGCUAAACGUUAUCGUACCAUUUAUAUUUAACAAGUUGGUUAUAGCCGAAGACUACAUGCCAGCUUUUGCCAUCAGGAUUACUCUCAUUAGGACCGUAUUGCUUAGAUUAUCAUCACUGGGUAUAUUGAUGAUAUCAUUGUACACAAGUCUUCAACCGAAGAAGAGAGAUCAGGAGGUUCUCUUACCAUGUGAUAAUCUUAUAAUCGAUCUGAAAAACAAAACAGGAAUUACAACAACACCAGUUACAACAACAACAACAGGCAAUACAACAACAACAACAAAAUCAUCAUCUCAACUGGCAGAUAACAUGUGUUGGGAAACAUAUGUAGGGCAACAGAUCUACAAACUCGUGAUGCUGAACUUCAUUGUAGUAGUACUAAGCACUGUAUGUGGAGAAUUCCCUAGAAAGUUUGUGUAUGAUAAACUUCAUGACAAAUUGAAAGUAGUAAAUUUGGUCGGACAACAGGUUUUUGACCUUUCAAAAAAUAUCCUUGACCUUGUUUAUUUACAGACUCUAUGCUGGCUUGGGUUGUUUUUCAGUCCAAUCAUUCCUGCCAUGUGUUUUGUUAAAUGUUUCAUUUUCUUCUAUUUGAAAAAGGGAUCAUUGCUAACGAACUGUUUACCUAUGCAGCAGUAUGGCACAUCUAAGUCAAACUCUCUGUUUAUGAUGGUGCUUCUACUGUCAUUCUUCCUCGCCUCGGCACCUAUCAUAUACAUGAUCGGGAGUUUACCACCAUCUCAAAGCUGUGGACCAUUCCGUGUACACGGGAACAAUAGUUUUGUCAUGUUUGACACUAUAACGUACCUUGUUGGCAGUUUUGAUAAGGCCAAAGAUGUUUUCUUCUUUAUGGGAACUGGGGGAUUCAUGGCAAUACUGGCUUUGUGCCUAUGUUUAUUGAUGUAUUAUUUCUGGAUGGUUGGUCAAGCUAACUACAAGCUUUCUAAAAGUCUUCGAGAACAACUUAAGAUCGAGGGUCAGGACAAACAGUUUCUUGUUGCACGUGUUAAUGAAGCAUUAGACAGGGAUUACUAAUCGCACGCAUGUCACAUGAUAACUUGAAUUUCUUUGUUUGGUGUAUAAUUUUUUUGCUUCAUAGUUUAUGAUGACACUACUAAACUGUCAAAUUACUUGCCAAAAUGGAGCAUUGGUUAUUCAUUGGUUGUUACAUUUUUUUUUUGUGAUUGGUGUUGAAUUAAUUUGAAAACAUUGUUUAAGCCGGUGCUAGAGGCAUGAAUGGUAACUUACACUUUCUAGGACCAUCCUGAUGAAUAGACUUAAAACAAUCCUGCAACAUUUCUAAUUUUGCCAUUUUGUGCGUUCUUUAGGGAUUCUGUUUUUCUCUAUGUCUUUCAA